UUCACUAUAAAUACGAACCACCAAACUCUAAAACAUGACCAAAUAAACUCUCACUCAAAAUUCCUCUCCUCAAACAUUCUUGAUCUCAAAAAAAUGGGGGUGAACAGAGCAUACUCCUACUCGAAGAUGGAGAGCGAAGAUGUGGAGGAGGUGAAGCAUCGGCGCGCGCAGUUCUUGAUCUACAAGUCUCUGCAGAAGGCGGAGGGGCGGAGGCGGCCGUCGUGGCUGCGUGUGAAGAUGUUCAGGUUGAAGAUCAAGAUUGGGAAGAGGCUGAAGAAGGGCUUCUCAUCAACUUCGACGCUCUUCUUUUCUGCCAAGGCCGAUUUCUACAAGCAGAUUGCCUUUCUGCUCAAAUCUUGCAAGCAUUUGUUACAUGCUAAGCAGGAGCCCGUCGGCCGGAAUCUUCACCCAAUUUUCUGAGACUUUUUUUUUUUAUUAUUGUUUUCUUUUUUCUUUUUAUGUCAAUUACUUGGUCAAGACAUAAGUGCAAUGGGGCAUUCUUGGUGCAGAAUAUUGGAGUAUAAAGUUAAUAUACACACAUAUAUAGCUUAAGAAGUGGUUAAUUAGUUAAUUUGUUUGAAUAUGUUGCGUGUAAGGAAAUGUACUUGUAUUUCUUGUCGCUAAUUGAGGCGAUGAUUAGUGAGGUUUUGGGUUGAAUUAAUUGGAUAAGUGGAUGAUUUGA